CCUCCUCUGGCACAUUCUACAGGCACUGUGCCGAGUGAUAUACCUCUAACCACGAAAUUCAUAUUUUCCUAUGCGACAAGGUUCCAUUCAGCUUCGAAUUCGUCAUUGAUUGAGCCUUGUUGCCUCAUUGCCGCUGAGACCGGGAUUCCGACGGGCCUUCAUUCCCCCACGUUCAACUCGACUAAAGCAUCGCCCGAACCUAAAUAAGGGAUUUUUUUUACCCGUUUCCCCUUUUCUUUUGAACGCUGCCGUUAUUUUGUUUAGCGAAUAAAAAACGGCGAGGUAUUUGUUCAAAAAACGGGAUUGUUAAGGUUCCGUUUAGCCUCGUCGCUGGUACCGAGCACUACCGGCUCAACACCCCUGCAUGUGCUCCUUCUCUCUUCUUGCCACAUUAAGUUAGGAAGCUCAGGUCUUGUGGGGAGCUCUUCGAUAUGGCGCCAGAGAUGCGGAAAGAAGUGUUAGAUGUCGAGAAUGGUGUCACGAAUCAGACACCUGCAGACGAUUCCCAAACGUCCGAUAACGAUGGUGGUGAGCGUCCUGUACGAAACAAGUUAAAGAAGACUACCAUUACUUCGGCCCCAAACCAGCGCGAUGAUUCUAGCAGGGCGAGCAGCCGGGGCAGGAAGCGGUCAUAUAAUAGCGACGAGGAGAAUCCCGAGGACGAUUCUGGUCAUAGGCGGAAGCGGUCGCGGGACUCGAAUACGGAGGAAAUGGCAGACGCAGCGCCAGCGAAAGAAACAACAGCUGUGACGCUUAAACUUGAUGCGCAGGAGGAGCAGCCGGAGCAGCCACAGGCACAGGCCCAAGGCUCAGCAAGCGGAUUGAAGAAGAAGAGGAGUAGGGAUCAAUUGGAUAAGGAUGAAGCGAAGGUUGAGGAUAAGGCGGCUAAGGCGGAAGUUAAGGACUCUUCGGAGAAUCGUGAAUCUGCUGAGAAGACUGCGGCUACAGCUACAGCUGAAGGGGAACCUGAGAAGAAGAGGCACAGGGAUGUACUCGGGGAGAGGGAACCGGCUCCUCUUCCUAGCCCGUUCGCAAACACAUCGUCCGUAUCGCCAUUUGGGUCAAUUGCCGCUUCAUCUUCCAAACAAGCUGAAGACGCGAAGCCCGCUACAUCUCCAGCCGCAUUUGCCUCCUCAAGUUUAGCUGCGUUUGCUGGCUCAGAGCAAUCACCCUUCGGCUCUCUCGGUGCGUCAACGCCAUCGGUUUUCAAAUCAUCAACCGAGUCCGUUCCCGCGGGUUCAGACAAGCCCGCUGCCACCGGAUUUGCCUCGGCAGCCAAAUCGUCUGGCUUUGCAGGGUUGGGAGGAGGGUUCUCGGGGUUCAGCGGCGGCUUCGGGGCUGCAGCUGCGAGUACAGGGGGUGGUCUGACCAGUUUUGCUGCUCCUGGUGGCUCGGCUCUUCUGGGUACUUCCAGCGCGAAGCCUUUUGGUGCUGAAGCUGACUCGGAUGAGGGGGAUGAUAAGGACGAUGAGGGGGAGACUGGGCCUGCAGAGUUCGAGCAGGAUAAGACCGACGAAAGAUUCUACGAGCGGCAGAUUGAAACCGGUGAAGAGCAAGAGAAGACAUACUUCACCUGCAAAGCCAAACUCUUCCACUUUUCGAACAAGGAAUGGCGUGAGCGAGGUCUCGGUACUUUCAAGGUCAACGUCAAGGUCACCGACGACGUUGAAGACAAAAAGGGGGCGCGUAUGAUCAUGCGCGCUGACGGAGUUGGGCGCGUCAUGCUUAAUACGCCCUUGUUCAAGGGGAUGAAGGUUGGCGAUGCCGCGGGCAAUGAGCCGAAAUCCACAAAACAGAUUCACUUGGCGAGCUUGGAGGACAACCGUUCUGUUCCGCUCUUGCUAAGGACGGGGAGUGAAGACCAGGCUAAGGAGCUGUACCAUACGCUCCAGGACUUGUUAAGCCAUCAGUAACUUGGAGACUCAUUUGUACCUUAGCAGAGUGCCCGUGAGCAACCAACAGUUCCUGUAUGUGUAUCUUCUACGAAGAGUGAUAGCAUAAGGUCUGCAGGCGGCUAUUUUGCAUUCGGAAUGGGAUUGGGAAGUAAGUUAAGCCACGAAGUAGUUGGAAACCUGGGUACUACUUCUUCAUAAUCUAUUGUUAGUUAGUAUUUGCAU